AGAAACAAUAAAACAUACUUAUUGCUCUAAAAUUAUCAGCUAAACAGUUUAGUUCAAUCUACUUCUUAUUCGGCAUCAACAAAUUUGAGUUCUCAAUAAAUAUUGUUUUUGUUCUAUAUGCCUGGACAUGUUUAUCUGUCCCGAUUUCCCCAAAACCAAGUGAUGCGUUAAACAAACCAGAUUUAAGAUGAACUCGUCAGGUGCAAACAUUGCGAGCUCCUGCAUGUCUCCGCCAGUCACCUUUAACCGACAUGAACCUUUGGAUGGAAGGCCGCAUCAAGACACACCAGAACAAUACGAAAUUUGGCCGAAACAACAACAAAUGGAGCAACUGUCCCCAGGCGAUAUUCCAAUUGAGACGACGAUCAUAAGCACAGCUUCUUUAGUUCUGUCGCAUUUCCCUGACCGCACCGACACCAGAGAAGUAGGCUCAUGUUCACGCACUGAAACUCUAGACACAAAUCUAAGUGACUACGAAAACAAUUCUCCAUCGACUCCUCCUCAGGGUACCUUGAGUAAAUCUUCGUCAGCAUCGUCAUCUUGUUCUUUCAUCGCACGUCCUUUUGGGCGGUCAGUCCACUCUUUGUCUUCCACUUCACUGUCAAGCAUUUCUUUCUCAACAUUCCAACCCAUCGAGUUCCCGCAGAGCAGUAAUUACCUUUUUCACGCCUCAGACUGCGAAGAUCAGUCCGAUUACGUCCCUCUCAACAUUUUCCGCACCCGACAAGGAGUUGUGAACACGCCUUCGCCCCUCAUAUCUCGACCAUCAUCGCCCUUACCGCCGACACACUCGCCAAACUUCUCGAGAUCGCCUUCUCCUAACAGAUCUUCUCGUAGGUUCCAGAGAAGCUUUUCUCCUGGACGUCCCAACACGAAUUCUGGACCUGGGUCACCUAAAUUUACUAGGUCUCUGAACCCAUCUCGGGAACCAUCUCCUCUUCGUCUUCGGCCUUCAAGUUACACGAGACCACUAUCUCCCAACCCACCCACGAUGUCACCGGGACCCUCCAGAGGACAAUCUCCAAGAAGUAUCCAUACAUCGAUGUGCUUCUCAUCGUCUUCGCACUCCAUUCGAUCUCAGCCCUCAUCUCCGGAAUCUCGCGCUCGGUCCGCGUUUCAUAAUGAGACAAUGUAUCCCUCUGCCGGCUCUCAAGCCCAACUUUCUUCGGCAUUAAGCGUGCACAGAAACAUUUCAUUGCGUUCACCUCCUUCACCAACAAGGCCUGCGACAGCACUAAACAAUUCUCGUUCUCCAAAUCAAUCUCCGCUCAAUUUUCGAUCACCUGUAACUUCCCGGCCUCCAUCCCCAAUGAACGCCGCUUCCCGCCACCAAGUGUGGCUACUUCCCAACGCACGGCCUGCCAGAUCCCAGUCACAGCCCCCAGUGAGCCCCAGGCUGCACUCUCGUGCUAGCCGCAGCACGCGGACCCCCAGCCCCCGGCCCCCCCGCCUUCCACCAGCCCCCGGCCACCGGACACAAGCAAGAGAAGUUCCCGUAUGA